AUGAUUCAAGAACCCAAGAAUAUCACAUUUCCUGGUCAUUCUCAUCAAAAACGUAAAGUAAAAUGUGCAUUUAGAAAUGAAGAGAAAUUAGUUCUCACAAUUUUUUGCAGUGCAACUGACAAAUUCGACUUGAAGAUGGAUGUCACCUCUUCAGGAUUGGUACUUUCACUUACACAAACUUUUUGUGCUAACCAUUGUGCAAACUCUCAGUUAGUAACGAUAAACAUGGUAUUAAUAACCACCACACAGCAGACAAAAUUUGAAAUUGUUAAUUUAAUGCUAGGCAAAAUCCAUACGCAAGUUAACAUUUUGAUCAGAAUUGGUUUUAAUACACUAAAAAUGUUGUGUGCCUGUCUAUUUUAUAACAAAGCCUAUGCACUUAUUAGUAUAAUUAAAUCUAUUUUAAUUUUGUAA